AUGCUGUCCGCCAUGGAGGGAGGAGGGGGCGCAAUCCUGCCAGUGAAGUCACAGGAUUUCAUAACACCAAAAGAACAGCAGUAUGAGACAGCACCAGAUAACCUCAAAGCAGGGCAGCAUCUGCGGUCCCCUGCACAGCUCUCCCCAGCACGCAUCAAGCGCCCUCGCAAUGUGCUAGUGGAUGCUGAUCCCAUGGAGUACAGCCAGCCCAGCCAAAGCUGUGAGCGCUCCAAUAUGAAUCCUCCCUCCACCUCUAGCGCUGGGGAGGAGUACGGCGGCCCUCGGAAGCUGGUGCGGACGAGGCAGCCCUCACCGCCGUGCGCGCGCAAUGUCUUUGUGGACGGCCCAGAGGACAGCAGCGAUCUCAGCAAGAUCCCCAGGCGGCCGCCGUUUGUCUCGAGAUACAGGCAGGAGUACAGGGAGAUGACCAUCCUGGGGCAGGGCAAUUUUAGCAAGGUGUUCCGAGUGCGCAGCAAAUUUGAUGGCAUGGAGUAUGCAAUGAAGCGCUCCUUCCGAGCUGUCACCUCUGAUGUCGAGGCCAAGCAGUGGCAGCAGGAGGCAAUGGCUCUGGCAGCUGUGGGGUCGCACCCCAACAUAGUGCGGUAUUACAGCUCCUGGACAGAGCAGCAGGGCGAUGGGCAGCUGUUCUACAUUCUGAUGGAGAAGUGUGAUGUGUCCCUGGGUACCAAGCAGAGCCUGGGCGCCCGCUCCUUUAAGGAGGCUGAGCUCCUAGAGAUCCUGCGCCAGGUAGCGGAGGCGCUGCAGCACCUGCAUGCGCGCGGCAUAGUGCACAUGGACGUGAAGCCGGACAACAUCUACACCACGGAGCAGGGCGUCUUCAAGCUGGGCGACUUUGGGCUGGCCACUUGCCGAUCCUGCCGCCCUGACGUGGCCCUGGAGGAGGGUGACUCCAGGUACAUUCCCCAGGAGGUGCUCAACGACGACUUCCGAGCGCUGGACAGGGCUGACAUGUUCAUGCUGGGCGCGUCCCUCUAUGAGCUGGCCACCGGCACCCACCUGCCCUCAGGCGGCAGCACGUACCAGGAGAUUCGGCAGGGGAAGCUGAUGCUGAUGCCCACAUUCACAUCCCAGUUCCAGAAGAUGAUCAAGUGGCUGAUGGCCCCAACGCCGGCCGAGCGGCCCACACCGGCACGCGUGCUGGCCUCCUCCCUGCUCUCCAAGCGCCCAGCCAGGGACGGGGCCAAGGAAAAUUACGGCGCCCUGCCUCUGCAGCCUGCCCACUGA